CUUCGAGUUAAGAGUAAAUAAUUAACGAGAAUACAACACAGGAUUUUAUUGAAAAUGAAAAGACAUAAUUAAAAAAGUCAUCGUCUGGUUCUGGCUUAAUUCAGCUGGUUGCAUAGGUAAUAUUAAACAUAUCUUGGAUUUCGUAAAAUUGAAAAGUAAAUGUACAAAGCAUGCUUGCAAGAGGGUAACUUAUUUGCUGCCAACAAACAAUACAGCUAAAAUAACAGUUGUAAGCGGUUUUCAAGCCACGUAAUUCAUCUAGUUUUGCAAUUUUUAAAUCUCCUUGUCUUUGAUGACUGAACAAUAACAUCGACCACCAAGAUAGAAUUUUCAAGCAAAGAUCUUUGAAAGGCCGUGCGACUUUCGCGAAGGCGUCAUUUGUCUGCCACUACAAAAACUUCUUUGUCUCCCAGUUCCUCAUUAAAAAUAACCCUGCUGAUUCCAAAGAAUUCAAUCACAAACGCUGCAUGGGAAUGAAAAAUUGUCUUUAUUUUCGAACCAAGCAUUACAGACCACCUUAAAGAUAUCAAGACAAUACUCGACUAGCUUGUGCAGCACAUGGUCACAUACAUACUUUAUUAUGCAAGCAAUGAUGCUGUGUCAUUGAUCAAGAGACUUGCCUAUCAGGAAUCAGGAGAGAAAAUUCAGGAAAAGGGGUGGUAGUAUUUUGCAGUUCAUUUUCUUUGCAACAGUCUCUUGGUUGACCUAAAUGGGUCCUGAGUGUUUUCAAGAUAUACUUUUCUAAAUUAUAUCUUUUUGAGUAACAUGGUUUCAUAUCAUCCUCGGAGACCCAGGGGCAGUUAGUUGCGGGGGAAGAAAGUAAAUCGGGCAAAAAUUGAAGCGUCCAAAGUUUACAAGUAAGGCGAGAAAAACUUUCCCGCCUUACUUGAAACCUUCGACGCUUCAAUUUUUGCUCGAUUUAUUUCCUCCCUAACUGCCCCUGGGUCUCCAAGGAUGGUUUCAUAUUUUUUUCUGCACCUUCUAUAUGCACCUAUAGCAGCUUCAAAGUGAUGUAGUAAUUUUGAAUUGUGUUUAUACAUCUUGCUAAUUAGUUUUUGUUCGCUUUUGCAUUAUUCACUUGUAAAUCUAUCAGAUACCAGUGAAGCACAGGUUAAAAUCUUGUGAGAUCAGUAAACUAGCUAGAUGGUUGGACACAAAGCUGUUUAUUAAGUUGAAGGAACCACCGUAGCGAGAUAGUGACGGUGAGGUUUUGAGCGUUAGCCCUUCGUCAGGGCGCAUUGGAAAUUAGUCGUGAGCGCCUUUGGAUGGGUUGGAGUUACGAAUGUGAAAUAUUCAUUUAUAAAAAUGGCUGAAGUUUGUUUCCUUUUCUUAGAAGUCUUUAGGUUCUUCAUAAAUUUUGCGCCUUUUCUAUGAAGUUCUUUAAUAACAUAGUUGCCGCCAGGCGUGAUCCGCGCAGGAGUCCUCGCAUUCUUUCCAGUUUUCCAGAGUCCAUUCCGAUUUCAGAUUUUAAGAUGGCAACUCACCCGCAAUGCCGUCUGGGUAAGGAGAAAGCAAACAUGGCGUACAGAGACGAGAUUGAUGAUGCAUUUGAUGCUGCUGUUUUCCUGGAGGAAAGAUGUUAUGAGAGUGGUUAUAAGGAAGGUUACAAGGAUGGAAAAUUGAAGGGUCUGCAAGAGGGACGUCACUUGGGUUUGAUGAAAGGCUGUGAAGUUGGUGGCGAGGUUGGAUUUUAUCUUGGAUUUGUUUCAAUGUGGCAUGAGAUUUUGCUGGAAAGUCCUGAUGCAAAACAAAGGUAUCACGUUGACUAUUAAUGACGUCUUCUGAAUUCUGAAUUAACUCGAUAAAUUAUUAUGAAAGUAACCAGUAUGGUUACAUGUAUUAUUAUAUUAUUCUGUUGUAAUAUAAUAAUACAUGUAUGUUAUUCUAUUUUGAUCAUAUUUUACAACUUGUAAAGCGC